UCAUAAAUAAUUUGAUCAGCCACUCUGGCAGCUGAGUCACCACGUCGGAGUUUGUACCCAUAAUUGCCUGGUAGUUCUCCUACACAACUCAAUUCCGAUUUCUCCUCCGUCAACAAAUUCCACCCAAAAAACCUGAAUUUAGUUCCGUUCAAUCUCUACUUUUUUGGGGGGGAAAUUGCGUGAAAUUCAUCGAAUUUUCUUUCUGUUAUAAUCCGGCGAAUCAAUUGGGAAUCGGAAAAGAGGCAGAAUGGUAUCGAAUUGCGAAACCACCACCGCUUUAAUCAUCUGUCUGUUCGUACUCUCCGCCGCCGGUGGCGGAUCCGCCGUUCUCACGGCGUACGAUGUAAUCCAAUCAUUCGAUUUUCCCGUCGGCAUCCUCCCAAUAGGCGUAACACACUACGAUCUCGACCCGUCUUCCGGCAAAUUCAACGCCUACCUAAGCGGUUCGUGCAGUUUCUCCCUGGAAGGAUCGUAUCAGCUGAGGUACAAGUCCCAAAUCAGUGGUUCCAUCUACAAAGAUAAGUUGACUAAUUUAACCGGAGUUAGCGUCAAAAUCCUUUUUCUAUGGUUGAAUAUUGUGGAAGUUAGGAGAAAAGGGGAUAACCUUGAAUUCUCUGUCGGAAUUGCAUCUGCCGAAUUUGGGAUUGAUAAUUUUCUUAUCUGUCCGCAAUGUGGGUGUGGGUUGGAUUGCAAGACUUUGGGCGAUGAUCUGGAAAGGGGAAAUCAUGGAAGUAAUCCUUCUAUUUCUUCGAUUUAGCUGAGAUUGUACGAGAAAAGUUAUCGACUGUAUCUUGAAUUUUCAAUAGGUCAUCCUGCAGUGAACAGUGAGAAGAGCUGAAGAUCGUAAUUCUCAAACGAGCAAUUAAAACAAUCACAAUCCGUCUAAUCCAAUUUGCACGCAACAGUAUUGGAUGGACUCGAUCGCGUUUCCUCUAACCGAAAUUCGUUGCUUUAAUUCUUGUUUAGUGUGAUAAAAUAAUGUACGGCUUUACUGUAAUACUCUUUAGUCUUUUCUUGUAAAACAAUAUUUGUAAGUCUAAAUCUCAAGCAACCCCUUCUUGUAUUUGACUCUUCUCCACACACAAAAGUCGAGAAAUCGAAGUGAUCAUUUGACUUGGUCACAAGAAAUGGCCUUUUAUCUU